AGGUCGCCAAGCGUACAUCCGUUUUAACUUUUGUGAGGAGAUCUUGUUGAGUUACAUUCCUAAUUUCUUAAAUAAUUAUGUCGGCGCAACAGUUAAGCGGAAAGCGUUUAAUUGGAGUAGCUAUAGAUGGAAGUAAACAAGCUGAAGCGGCAUUUAAUUAUUUGUUGGAUCUUCAUUGAGCUGAGGACAAGUUGCCAUAAAACCCCAAAUAAUUUGAUUAAAGAUGUUAAAGGAACCAUCAAAGAUGAUUCAGACGCUAUGGACUGUUUGUACAAAGAAGGACGGGACUUCAUUGUUUUAAUCCAUUGUGGGGAGUACAAUGUAUCCACUGGGAUGCCUGGAGCUUUCUCCAAAGUGGACGAAAUCUGUGCACAGAUGAAGAAGAAGGAAGAUGAAAUUUCGUCCCUGAUUUCAAAAUACACGCAGGUGCUACGAGAAAAAGGAAUCCCAGGCCGUGUAUGCAAGUGUGGUGGGAAACCAGGUGAAGAGAUCAUCAAAGCAUGCACGACCGAGAAUGUUUCUCAGUUGGUGAUGGGAACCCGAGGCCUGGGCACCAUCCGCCGCACCUUCCUCGGCAGUGUCAGCGAGUACUGUAUACACCACACCAACAUACCCAUCACAAUAGUUCCUGUCAAGUAAAGAAAAACGGAGAUUGUAUCUACAAAUCUUGUCACUUCUCAUAGUUUUUCACUGAUGUUUCAUAGCGAUAGCGAGAGGACGAGAUGCUUUAUUCUGGUAUGAGAUUGGAACUCGCCUUUCUUCCUCGUCACAAAGUCUACUUUAUGCAUGAUUAAUAUAUUAGUUAGAGAAUUAAUAGUUGACUGUGUUCAAAAUGGACAGUUGAUGUUUAAUUACCACUGACAGGCCUUUAAUUAGUUGUGAUUAAAAUGAACCAGGCAAGAGAUGGUGGUGGUUUGAAUUUUGUUUUAUUUGAUGGUACUCGGAGAAAAUUAUGAAAAGAACUUGUUUUGGACAAUGAAUAAUAACCAGAUUUUAUCUGACCAAAAAAAAAAGACUACUUUUUGUGGAGAUUAUUUAGAUUGUUAAAUAUUUGGAAAUUAUAUAAUUAUAAUAUUUAAUCUUGAGUUAUUUUUGAUCAUAUGCAUGUAAUUAUUAGUAUAAUCCUUUUUUCUGUUUUAUCGCACCCAUGCAAUCUAACCCAUAUUUUAGUACAUUAUUAUUAAUUAUUAAUAUUUAUUCUUAAUCUACAUUCCAGUUUAACCAAUACAAGAGAUCCUUUCAGAAACUGUUUGAAAUACAUGUAUAACCAUUAGCCAUGUUUAACCAGAAUAAAAAUGCAGAAAUAAUAUUGCACAGUGUAUUUAAAUUAAAAUUUUGAAUUUAUUUUAAAGGUCGUUUAAAUGGCAGCAGUAACCAUACAAAAGUCCAUUUGAAUUCAAAUGUUAGAUAGCUAAAUAUAAAUGUUCUAGACUCUUGGAGUAUAAAAUAAAGUAAAAUCAGUUUAUAAAAUAAAAUAUUGCUAUAGAGGAUGUUAGAAACUGACCUUUUUUGAGAUGUCUCAUAUAUAGGUUAAAAUAUAUGCAUUAAUGUUAUGCUGAAGGCACAUAUCAAAUGAGAAGUGCCUUUCAAGGACAGGUGGUUGUAAUCUUUGUUUAUGUAUGACUGCAUAUCUUCAACAUGGAUACAGUGUGACUGAGAUCACUUUUAAAAUGUUUUUUAUAAUCGAAAUGACUCGUAAAACUCAUCCCAUGUUUGUUUUUUUUAAUUUUAAUUUUAAUUUUCUUUCUUUGAAUACAAACUGUACAGGAAAUAAAUUAUUUCUGCUGAUUGCAUCGAAUGGAAAUCAUUUGAAUGCUUUGUUUGCUGCAAACAUGUUUGUAUAUUAAAUUUUACUGGAAGAAGUAUUUCAAGUGGUUUUUGGGUGGGGUUUUUUAAAGUAAUAUUAUAAUUAAUUAUUGUUUUUUUUUUAAGUUUGCUUCUCCAUAUUUGUAAAGUUUUGUAUUUUGGGACCAGCAACCACUGUUUCAAGGCCAUCGAAAAUGAUUAAGAUACGAAAAGGUCCUUACAAGUACAAUAUUUUUAAUAUCAUUAUUGAUGAAUAAAUUACCUGUAACUAAAAGAAAACUGUUCAGUAUUCUUUUUACUGCGCUUGUUAACGUGUACCAUAUGGUCUGUUAACAUAUGGAUCAGUUGGAAGCACAGUUUAUCUAUGCAUACAUGUAUACACUUUAAGAUGUUUUACCGGUAUAUAUCCCUUCUACAUGAUAUAGAUCUAUAACAUAUCUGAUGUAUACCUCAGCAAAUGUAAAUACUUGGCUUUUAAUCUCAAACUUCCAUUUGUCUACUUUUUAAAACUGGUAAUUAUUUUACUACAUUCCCAUAUAGUAGUAUUGAAUAACCGUUGCAUAUUUUUAAUAAUAAGAUAUAUAUUUCAUGUCAAAUUUAAUGAAAUUCAUGGACAUAACUUUCUGCUUCAGUUAACUUGAGAUUGUUUUAUAAUUUAAUUCAAAAUGGUUGAUAUUAUCUUGUCUCAUUUGUUUAUUUUAGUUUGGCAUGAAUGUUUGAAUAUUAACGAAUCUCCAUCUUGUUUAGAAAUUUUUCUGGUGAGGAAUAUUGGAUCUUAUAUAAAAGAGACUUAACAUUUUCUAUUGUUAUGAUAAUUAUAAUAUUGCAAAAGUUUUAUUUAUUUACACACCUUAGAGUUGUAUGAUAUUUAAUUUUAAUUUUUUUUUUUUUUUUACCUAUUAAUGUUUGAGAAAUUGUGAAAUUUUAGUAAUACAAUGGGCAUGUAGUUUUAUAAUGUACUAAACAAAUUGAUCUCCUGAAAAUAUGUUUUGUUUGAAUCUGCAGCACUGAUUGAAAAAGCGUAAUGUUUAUAACGUAUGGGUGAUGUUUUACAUGUAGUGUAUUUUAGAUGUACCCUAGCAUGUUCGGUUUCGAGAUCUAGUGCUAAGCUGUUGGAUGUGACAGAAAUACAAUAUAUAUUGUAAUUAAUUUGUGCAAAAUCCAAUCAGUUUUGUUUAUAGUUUAAUUCGUUACUCAUUGUUCGAUUAUUGUACUUUCCAUUUCUCAUGAGAUAGAUAACUUUUAACAAAUUAUUUUACUUCAUUUUAAUUCUCCGAGUUUAUUUGCCAGAGUUUUCAUACAUAUAUACACAAGUAUUGUUUAGAUUUAUGUAAUAGGAUAUUUUAAUAGAUUAAAUCCAUUAAAAGAAUAAUUAUGUUUAGUCAGGCUAACAUCAGAUGGUUUUAAACACUAAACAGCCACUUCUUCAAAAUCUCACUGUUUCCUAAAUAACGUCUCCCUGUUUGAAUCCUGGGUUUGAAUGACUUAAUAGGUGCCUUCCUAGGAGAGCCAUUUUAAAUGAAAUUAAGUAAUGAGAAGACCUAGCUAAAUUAGUUAUACAAAUAGUAAAACAUAAUAUUUUAUUUUUAUAACUACGCACAUAUACUCCUUUUUUGUUUUCAUCUCUCUCCGAGUUACUUAAUAAAUGCAGACUAUUUUGCUGUGAAUAUUGCUAGCUUAGGCCAAUAGUCUCAAGAAACCAUGAGAAAAUAAUUCUUGGAUUGUUUUUUUUUUCAGUUAGGACUUCUCUACGGGGUAGUCUUUCAGCUAUAGAAUUCUUUUUUGGUUCAUUGCAGUUAAAUAAAAUAUUUAUUCCUCAGAUUCAUUUCAUUUAUUAUGUCAUCUGAAGGCUGAUCAAUCAAAACCAGCUGUGCAUUUUACUUCUUAUUGAAUGGAUAACAAUAACCUUUGUUCAUUAUCAUGUUAGCAGCAUAACACAUUGAGUUUCCAUAUGGGGAUAUAUGAAAGUGUAAUAGCAUGCUACCAGAAAGACUUAAGCCUAGAUCACAUUAGACGAUGUGACUCAAUUGGAUGGUCAUGUCAUGAGCCAAGACUAUAUAAUGGCCGUUGUCUGCGACUGAAUGUCUCAAAUGUUGUCAGGCCAAUUAAAAAAAUAAGAUGCAGAUGACUGUUUUUUCAAUACACACUACACAAUAGGACUCAACCCAACAGUUGAGUUUGUCGCAUCAUAUAAUGUGAUCUAGGCUUUGCAUUUAAGAAGCAGGACAUACCAGAAAAAUAUGGAAUUCCUUUAGGGUUUCUUUUUAACUUUGUAUCAUACAUAAGAGUCUUAAUCAAAAUGAUUCUCUUUAAUGAAUUAUGUCUUUGUGGAUUACCGUUUGUUAAUUACAUUUUUGUUACAUGUAUUUGGAUUGGUCAGUUUAAUGAUCUAACAUUAUGACAUUCAGACUUUUAUUAUAAAUUAUAUACUCACCUAACAAGUAUCUGUGCACAUAUUGCAUGCGAGGUAUAUGUUUAAUGGUAAUAAAGGUAAAAUAAAACCAUUUUCAUGACAUUUUUUAUUGGGCAUUUGUAAACAAUAUCAGAUGAUUUGUAAAAUUAUAGUGUGUCCACAUGAGUCGUACAUUUUAUUGCAGUUUUAUUGCAUAUAAAAGGGGUGAGCCUUCCUUGCAGUUUGUAAUUCAUAAUCUAGUUUUCAGAAUGUUUGAACAAAUUGUAAAAUUGAAAGUUUGUGAAUAUCAAGAUAAAUUACUAAGAACCAUUCCCUGUUUUUGUCUUUUCAUCUCUUCCACACCUCAAGAUGUACACAAACAUGUUUAUAUUUACUCUUCACUUUCACAUUUUAUCAUUCCCCUUUCACUAUGGCAUGCUGUAUCAGGUGUAAAGAGUUUAGUCACAAAGUGGGUUAUUUUUAAUUGUGUAAAUAAACUAUUAUCCACAUUUAGAACAUGUAAUCAGUUAUAAUAAUACUGUUCCUAAGGAUUUUAUUGUGAAAGUAACUAGUUGUAUAGAAUAUAUAAUCAGUUUAUAUAAUGAUAAUAUUGAUAUAUUUUGUUAACUGUUCAGUUAUUAGAUUUUGGGUUAUGUUACAGUUAGUACUGUACUGUAGUAUUAGAAAUGUAUUUUUUAGGCUAAUUAAUGAAUUGUUAUUCAUGUAAUUGACAAUGAUUACCGAGAUUGCACAAUACUUUUAGUAUUUGUGUGUCUUUCUUUUUAACUGAAUAAAUUUUUAACAUUCA